CAAUCCUUAUCUCGGCGGCCGAGCCCACGACCGCUUCCUCCCCCCAGUCGGCCAGUCCCCACCGCCCACCGCCUCUGACUCCGAAUCCCCCCAAUUCCGGACGCGACCGCGGAACCCUAGCCUCCUCCGGCCAUCUGCCGCCCGGCUCCGGCGAUCCCCCGCCAUGGCCUCCCCGGAGGGUACCACGUGGGUCUUCGACUGCCCCCUCAUGGACGACCUCGCCGUCGCCGCCGACUUCGCCGCCGCUCCCGCGGGGGGAUUCUUCUGGUCGGCCGCGCCACCGAUGCAGCCGCUGGCGGUGCAGGCGCCGAUGCAGGCCGUCGCCGCCGCGCCAGCUCCCAACCCCUGCAGUGUGGAAAUCAGUGGCUCUGUGGACUGUGAUCAGGGAAAAGAACAGCCAACAAAUAAGCGUCCUAGGUCAGAAAGUACUGCACAACCAAGCACAAAAGCAUGCAGGGAGAAAAUUAGAAGGGACAAGCUGAAUGAGAGAUUCCUUGAAUUGGGUGCUAUCUUGGAGCCAGGGAAGACUCCUAAAAUGGACAAAUCAGCUAUAUUGAAUGAUGCUAUUCGUGCGGUAGGAGAAUUGCGUAGCGAAGCACAAAAGCUGAAGGAUUCAAAUGAGAGUCUUCAAGAGAAGAUCAAAGAGUUGAAGGCUGAGAAGAAUGAGCUGCGGGAUGAGAAGCAAAGGCUGAAGGCUGAGAAAGAGAGCCUGGAGCAGCAGAUCAAGUUCCUGAACUCCCGCCCAAGCCUGGUACCACACCCUCCUGUGAUCCCAGCCUCUGCCUUCACCACUCCCAAAGGGCCGCCGGCUGCCGGUCACAAGCUGAUGAUGCCUGUGAUCGGCUACCCUGGGUUCCCGAUGUGGCAGUUCAUGCCACCUUCUGAUGUGGACACCUCGAAUGACCCUAAGUCUUGCCCUCCUGUCGCAUAAGCAAGCUAAAUCUUAGUGGAAAGAGGUGAUACCGCCCUCCAUCGAUUCAAAGUCUAGCUCGGUCCGCAGUGCUGUCGGUGUAGUUGACUCGAGGGAAGAUUAUGUGUGUGUCAGGUGGACAGGUGGUGACAUGGGUGAUCUGAUGACACCGUUGUAUAUUAUAUGGUAAAUAAAUUCCGUGACUUCAAGUAAAUGAGAAUUAUGUCAUAGAAGUA